AUGGCGGGCCAGGAAGGAUGGGCUCAAGACGAUGGCACCAUGUCCACCAUUACUGCGACGGACAACAGAGUCCCGGUUGUCUCUGUUUGUUGCGGUCGAAGUGGCAAACGUCGCAAGUUCAAAUUGAAAAAGGCACUGAGAAAGACGGUCUUUUGGAAGCGUCGAAACAAGUACUUUGAUGCGCAAGUGGGCAACGUGGAAGCAUGGGCAGGAGACGAGUUGGAACAGCAAGAAUCUUUUGGUUUCUUCUAUUUUGACGCCCAGGAAGACGUGAUCAGCGACUAUGACUACAAUCUUCAUCUUGGCGACCUGUCUCUUCGAAGCAAGAAGAAAGGGGCGCCUUCGACCAUUCCCGAAGAACAACUGGAUGAAGCGUCGAUAUUGACGCCCAAACAGAAAACUACGUCUAUACCCAUUGAGGAGCUCACGCCCGAGAAUGCAACCAUCGAACAACUGCUACAAGAGCUGCAAAACCCCAGCUUCAAAUCUCCCAAAACUGGACAAUCAGGGUACCCAGGAGGAUUCACUCCGGAGCAAUUGGAACAAGUUGAAAUUUUCCUUCGCGGCUUGGAAGAAGCGAAAAAGACUAACCCUGGAAUCUACGAGCAGGUAUACUCAUACCUGGAUGUAGAAGACAUGCCCAUGACCAUUUCGAGGUGUAUUCGGGCCACCAAAUUCAAUGCCCAAGAAAUGCUGGACCGGUUGAUAGCCAACCAAGAACAGUUCGAUCACGCAAAGUCGAAACAAUUUUAUCCCAAUGUCGAUGAGGCUAUUGGGGCUCCAUUUUCCGUCUUUUUGAGUCAAUACCCCUUUGUCGGACUCGGACGCUCCAAUCAAUCACUCCCCGUCAACUACUUUCAAGCGGGAAAGAUCAACCCCGAAGGUAUCAUGGCACUAACCACGGUGGAUCAAUUGGAAGGAUACUACUGGUGGUCAUUCAUGUACAAGUUCAAGCGAGAGCUGCGGGAGGCUCGACUGCACGCACCCGACAAGACUCCUAGUUAUGGAUUAUGUGAGGCUGUCACAAUCAUUGAUCUACAAGGAUUGUCAGCAUCGGCGUUGUCCUCUGAUACGAUGGAUGUCAUCAAACUAUCCAGUAAGAUUGCCGAUUUCUACCCCGAGACGCUGCACAAAAUGCUCAUUGUCAAUGCCCCUGGAUUCUUUGCCAUGUCCUGGGGUAUCAUCAAAAAGUUCAUUGAUCCUCAGACAGCAGCCCGCAUUCAAAUCUUCUCCAACAAGAACAAAGCCUUGAAGGCUUUGCAGGAGAUGGUGGAUAUCGAUGAGAUUCCUUCGGACUACGGUGGUAACAACAAGACCAUCAAGGAAGCGCUGAUGAACUGGUCCACUGAUCCCUUGCUGCUUCGGCAAGAGGUUGAAUUGCUUUACAUCAAGAGACGAGGAAAGGCGCAUGGUAAGCAAUCUUGGGAGCUGAAAGAAGGAGAACGAGUGGAUAUCACAGUCUACACACGCAGUGCUUCAGGAGCCAAGAUCACUGUGAAAAAAGACGAUAACGAGGUGCAGAGUGUGGAGGCAUUCUGCGCUAUGGAGGGUGACACGAUCAAGUCCAACAAUUGCAAGAUAGACAUGGGCGACUUGGUUGGUCCUUGUACUCUAUCCUUGGAAGCUGACGACUUGGACACGGUGGACAAGAAGCAUCACAAGGAGUCUCGGGGGUAUUUCUUGGUGGUUGGUGACGUCAAGAAAGUGGUGUAA